CCUCCAAAUGCCCCGAAGACGCGCAAAAAAACAAACAAACAAAAAAAAAAACGCCAUAUGUUUCUCCGCCCGUCCUUCGUCUUCUUGUCGUCACGGUGACGACGUAAACAACGCGAUCAGUGAUUCUGCUUCCAAUCCUCACCCUUUCUCCCUGUUUCUUCUACCCGUAAAACUCAGGAAAAACAGCAUCUUCUCUUCUUCUUCUUCUUCUUCUCUUGAAGAUGGAUGCAAGAAGAGCAGGGAGAUGAUGCUGUUAAGGCGGCGGCGUAGUGCGGUGAUGCAGGUGGCGGCGGCGGGCUGCCUCGUCCUUGCCGCUGCCUCCGUCUCCCUGUUCUUUUUCCUCUGCUUCCGAGGCAGAGCGGUGGUCGUCAACCGGGGGGUGGCGGGCGGCGACGGGUGGAGGAAUUUGGGAUUGAAGGUGGAAGAGAAAGGAAGAAGAUUUCACGAGGAGUGUAAUUUGUUCGAUGGGGAGUGGGUAUGGGACGAGAGAUAUCCGCUGUAUGAGUCGAAGGGUUGCCGGUUCUUGGAUGAGGGAUUCCGGUGCUCGGAGAACGGGAGGCCGGAUAACUUCUAUACCAAGUGGCGGUGGCAGCCCAAGCAUUGCAAUUUACCCAGAUUUGAUGCCAAGAAGAUGCUUGAAAAACUACAAAACCGACGGUUGGUAUUUGCGGGUGACUCCAUAGGAAGAAACCAAUGGGAGUCUCUACUGUGCAUGCUUUCUUCAGCCGUCUCUGACAGGGGUUCUAUCUAUGAAGUGAAUGGCAACCCUAUUACCAAACAUAAGGGCUUCCUAGUGUUUAAGUUCAGGGACUACAAUUGCACUGUGGAAUAUUACAGGGCCCCAUAUCUGGUGCUCCAUGGUCAAGCCCCAGCUGGAAUGCCAGCAAAAGUGAAGUCAACACUUAAACUGGACGUUAUGGAUUCGAAGUCGUCCCGAUGGAGGGAUGCUGAUGUGCUGAUCUUCAACAGUGGCCACUGGUGGAAUUAUGAGAAGACCAUUAGUGGUGGACAUUAUUUUCAAGAAGGGAGGGAGGUGAAGAUGGGGAUGAGUGUGGAAAGUGCUUACCAGAGAUCAAUCAGGACAUUGUUUGACUGGGUCAAUCGCGAAGUUAAUACGAGUAAGACUCAGGUCAUCUUUCGUACGUAUUCUCCAGUGCAUUUCAGCGGCGGGGAUUGGAAGAGAAGAGGACACUGUCACUUGGAGUCAUUUCCUGAAUUCAACUCUUCACGGUUUUCACUGAAAACACGGACCUGUCUGUUAGACCUAUUCACAAAUGUAUCCAUGGAGUAUUCUAGUCAAGCUAUGAUGCCAGAGUUGGAUUUGUUGAAUGUGACCCUGAUGACAGUGCAAAGAAAAGAUGGUCAUCAGUCCUUAUAUCACCUUGGUCCUACAGCCCGCCCCCAACAUCACAUGCAGGAUUGCAGCCACUGGUGCUUACCUGGGGUUCCAGAUGCCUGGAAUGAACUCCUCUAUGCCCUCUUCCUUAGAUGGGAAUCCAAGGUCCACCAAAAUUUAUUUGUUUCAGGCAGCAGUGGAGUGAAGCUUGAUCAGUGAAGUGGUUGUGACUUCUAUUCGAAUCGACUUGCAUCCGGUUCCAUGAUGCAUCUUGCUGUUUAAAUGGAAUACUUUCCAAAGUUGUUUUUGAAGAAAUUCUCUUCAGAGUCGUUGGAAUGAUGCAAGUCUUUUCGGCUGGUUUUUUCAUGCACAGGACAACACCACUUAGAUAUUCAUGAGACCUGGUGUUAUGUGCUAUAAAGUGUUUCAGAAUAGAGAAAUAAUUGGCAUGCCAGUGUGCAUACCCAAUUGGAACUGGCAAUAUCCAAGAAUAAGGAAGCAAUGUCAAACUAUAGAGAAAGAUUACAUAUCAAUUCAAUUUCAAACUCUCGCGAUCUCAUUCUAUUAUCUAAUUCAAAACAUAAUAGAGUUGUCUUGUUUAGUUUGUUCUGUCCUUUUCUACAUUCCUUCUCCAUUUAGGGUGAUUAUAUGAUGUAAGAACAGAUAGAAAAAUGAUCUUGGUGUAAAGCUCAAGUUUACUCCUCUUUUUUUUCUGAGCAUAGUUGAAAUGUUAUGCUUCCCUCAAGAAAGAAA